CCGGGCUGCCCGCCCCUUCCGCCGGCCCCUUCUUACCCCGGCGGCCGAGCCCUGCGGUGUGCGUUCAGGUUCUCUUCUGUGCCCUAGGUGCCCGCGCCCGCCGCAGCCAUGGCCCCCGCAGCAUCAGACUUGAAGCUUGGCAAAAAAGUUAAUGAAGGUAAAACGAAAGAAGUGUACGAGCUGCCAGAUAUCCCGGGAUGUGUUCUCAUGCAGUCAAAAGACCAAAUAACGGCGGGAAAUGCAGCCAGGAAAGACCGAAUGGAAGGGAAGGCUGCCAUUUCCAACACAACGACGAGCUGUGUGUUUCAGCUGCUUCAGGAAGCUGGCAUCAAAACAGCUUUUGUCAGGAAACAGAGUGACACAGCGUUCAUAGCAGCUCACUGUGAAAUGAUCCCAAUUGAAUGGGUGUGCAGAAGAAUUGCUACUGGCUCCUUCCUCAAGAGAAACCCUGGUGUCAAAGAAGGAUAUAAGUUUUACCCACCCAAAAUUGAGAUGUUUUUCAAGGAUGAUGCUAAUAAUGAUCCACAGUGGUCUGAAGAGCAAAUAAUCGAAGCAAAAUUCUGUUUUGCUGGACUUACAAUUGGCCAGACUGAAGUGGACAUUAUGUCUCGUUCUACUCAAGCCAUUUUUGAGAUCCUGGAAAAAGCAUGGCAGCCCCAAAACUGCACUCUUGUAGACCUGAAGAUCGAAUUUGGUGUUAAUGUGCUGACAAAAGAAAUUGUUCUUGCUGAUGUUAUUGACAAUGAUUCAUGGAGACUGUGGCCAGCAGGAGACAGAAGCCAGCAAAAGGACAAACAGUCCUAUCGGGACCUGAAAGAAGUGACUCCUGAAGCACUGCAAAUGGUUAAGAGAAACUUUGAAUGGGUUUCAGAAAGAGUGGAGUUGCUUCUAAAAACAAAGAGCCAAGGUAGAGUUGUGGUGUUAAUGGGAUCUUCUUCUGACCUCAGUCACUGUGAAAAAAUAAAAAAGGCAUGUGCAACUUUUGGAAUUCCUUGUGAAUUAAGAGUGACUUCUGCUCACAAAGGGCCAGAUGAAACCCUGAGGAUCAAAGCAGAAUAUGAAGGAGAUGGAAUCCCAACAGUGUUUGUUGCAGUGGCUGGCAGAAGCAAUGGCUUGGGGCCGGUGAUGUCUGGUAACACUGCUUACCCAGUUGUCAACUGCCCUCCACUCUCAGCUGACUGGGGUACUCAGGAUGUGUGGUCCUCUCUCAGACUACCCAGUGGUCUUAGCUGUCCCACUACUCUGUCACCUGAAGGAGCUGCCCAGUUUGCUGCCCAGAUAUUUGGGUUGAACAACCAUUUAGUGUGGGCCAAACUGCGAUCAAACAUGUUAAACACCUGGAUCUCCCUGAAGCAGGCUGACAAAAAACUUAGAGAGUGCUCCUUGUAAGUCACUCUAACAAGUAACUGUUAUUGGUUACACAAUGAUAAUGGUGUGUGCAUUUUCAUUCAUAUUAGGAUUUACCCCUGGGUGAGCUCAGAAGUCCUGCAUCAUUUCUUGCAGAAGAAAGCAUUGUUAGAGCAGAAUAGGAAGUUUGUUGUGUUGUCAUCCUUCCCUUGUGUAUUUUUGAAUAUAACAGCUAAGUAGAGAUGGGGAAGUAGAACUUUAGGCACUCUUAGGUACUCUUUCUGUUGCUCCAGAAUGGUGCUGUUCUGCUUUUUAGCCUAUAAUGUUAACUACAGACUAUGUCAAGAGAAUGAUUUGGUACAAUCUUGAUAGAAUUCAACUAGUCUUCUGCAUUUCUGUAAUAGUAACAUUCUUAUAUAGUGUUAAUCUAUAUCUUGAACCUUAUUAACUGAACUGGAUUGCUGACAAAGGCCAGUGUUGAUGCUGUUCUGCUUGCAAUGAUGGUAUGCUUUCUUUAGCAAUAAAAUGGCAACAUAUACUGUAUUAAUAGGAAAAGAGUGUGGAAAAAUGUCUUAAGAGCCUGAAAUAAAUACAUGCCUUAUUUUAAAAAUGUAUAUACAUACAUGUAUCUUUUCAAAAAAAUGUGUAUGUGUAUAUUUACCCCAUUGAUAUCUGUUGGAAUGAUGUGAUGGAGUUGACACCAAUUUGCUUGUUCAUAACAAGCCAUAAAUACAAAUGGCUUGAGUGACCUGUAACUUGGCUUGUUGCCUGUUUGCUCUAACUCUUGCCAAGUCCAGGCUUUGUCCUUUUAAAGACUAGGCAGAUGUACCUUCAGUAGUUCUGUAGGGGCUGUGAUGAUGUUGGACUGUCUUCAUACACUUCAAUAACUAUAGCUAUUCUGUGUCUAUAUUUCCUCACUCUGUUUCUGUGGAAAUUUUACUGAACAGGGGAACAAAUACUAAAGCAACAAACUUCUGGGGGGAAAUCUAAGCAUGACUUUUUUGUCUUUGCACACACCAGUCUUCUGAGUAAGUAAGAUUCUAACAUAUAUGCAAUUACUCAAAGUAUGUAACACCUAUGCUUUUACAAUUCUAAAUAAACUAUUGAAUGCAAA